AGUGAGCAGCUGGCAGCGUGGCCAGAUGGACCAUGGGAGAUUUGGGACCGCUCUCCUGCAGGCCAAUGCCUUUGUGAGGAAACAGCUCUGCACACACAGUUUCUCCGUCUCCUUGUUUUUGGAUGAGCUUGCUAACGUCCCCCGGGUUACCGGAUGGCUUUUCUGUAAAGUGCGCCUGCUCGACGGCAGCUACAAGGAGGAGACUGAGAGCAAUGAGGUAUUUCAGAACACAGUCCAGUGGAGGAAGGAGUUUGUGUUUCAAUGCAGAGCCACUGUCAAUGGAUCAACAGGAGUUCUUGGCAGCUGCAUAUGCAGGGUUUCAGUUCGCAAGGACAAAAAAGGUGGGAAAUGUUUUGACAAGGUUGGCUAUGUGGAUCUGAAUCUGGUGGAGUUCAUUGGCUCUGGAUAUGUGACUCGCCACUGCCUCCUGGAGGGGUACAGCGGUAAACACAGCAAGUCGGACAACUCAUUUCUGAAGGUCAGACUGCAUCUGCAACUUCUUGAGGGCGAUCCCUGUUUUCGAGUGCCUGUACAACCAGCAGUUUCCACCACAUCCGUGACCCCAGUGGGAAGAAGUCUAUCAACGUCUCCCCUUAACUCUCUGCCAAUUAUGGUUGCGGAUGAACUCUUGACCCAUCUGCCAGAGAUCCCUAGUGGGUCGGUGGAAGACACACUGAACUACUACGGCCACUGGACCAAUGAGGAUCAUGACGGGUCUCUGAGAGCAGAGUACUAUGCGCGCCUGGCUGAAACCCGUGUGGAUGCCUGGGAAGUAGUGGACAGCCUGUGCCGUGAAAUCCUUGGCUCUCUGGAGCUCCAGCAUCCCACGAAUGAUGCAGGACUAGCCCUUUAUGUCAGUGAAGAUGGUUCUACAACUCUCGGUGUGUCUCCUAAAGACAGCAGGGACCCAGGUGAGGGGAUGGAUAACAUCAUCAUCAUGAAAUAAGAAUAGUACAUCUUUCCUCUUGUGAAGCUGCUGGAAGUAUCAGCCCAGCUGCUCAUGUGUUUGAGACUAAUAUAAUAUGCCCUUGACCGGCUGUGAUUAAAAAAAUAAUUAGUACUAUC